CCUAUGUUCCUGUGUUAAUCUGUAAUCGGAAAAACAUCCGUGAUUGGCAACGCUAAUUGAACGUCAUUUUCCGAAAGGCUCCAGACGGUCGGUGAAAGUCUGUGGAAAUAACACUUUUCUCAAGGUGUAGCAAAAAAAAGCAGUGGGAGUCGAGUAAAUUUACUAAACUGAAUUAGUAUAUUUACAUUUAAAGAGUAAUAUAAUAAUAGGAAAGGAGCUAAAAUUAAAUAGAGAACAAUGCAAAGUGUUUUAAACACUGUCAAAGGAACGGCGCUGAAUGUUGCUGAGUAUCUUACCCCAGUGCUAAAGGAAUCUAAAUUUCGUGAAACAGGUGUUUUGACACCAGAAGAGUUUGUAGCCGCCGGUGAUCACUUGGUUCAUCAUUGCCCCACCUGGCAAUGGGCUGCUGGCGACGAAUCAAAAACGAAGCCAUAUUUACCGAAAGAUAAACAAUUUUUAAUUACUCGCAAUGUGCCAUGCUACAGACGUUGCAGACAAAUGGAAUAUGUUGGUGAAGAGACUGUCGUUGAAGAGGAGGGUGGCGACGGUGGCUGGGUCGAAACUCACCAGCUGAAUGAAGAUGGUACCGCUGAGUUAGAAGAAAAAGUCUGCGAAUUAACGCUUGACGAAAGCAAGGAUGAAAUGCGUACACCAGAUGGCGACAAUGGCACUAACGGAACUGGCGGAGGUAAUGAUGAUUGCGAUGAUGAUGAUGACGAUGACGAGGCGAUCGAUAUGGAUGAAUUCGAAGAAAGUGGUAUGUUGCAAUUAGUGGACCCUGCUGUAGCCACCACGACCCGUAAAAUAGACCCCGAAUUGGCAACAAAGAACUCCAACUCUGCUGAAGCAGCUGGUGGCGCUGAUGCUACAGACUCUGUGUUGCAUACUCGUACCUACGAUUUACACAUCACUUACGAUAAAUACUAUCAGACGCCACGUCUCUGGGUAGUUGGCUAUGAUGAAAAUCGAAAACCUUUAACUGUUGAACAGAUGUACGAGGAUGUUUCGCAGGAUCAUGCCAAGAAGACUGUUACCAUGGAGAGCCACCCGCAUUUGCCAGGUCCUAAUAUGGCUAGCGUACAUCCAUGUCGUCAUGCUGAUAUUAUGAAGAAAAUAAUUCAAACUGUUGAGGAGGGUGGCGGAGAACUGGGCGUGCACAUGUAUUUGAUAAUUUUCCUGAAAUUCGUGCAAACUGUUAUACCGACUAUUGAAUAUGAUUUUACACAAAAUUUUAAUAUGUCUUAAACUAGUUAUUUUAUAAAGAUUAGCGCUGAGAAAAGGCUUUUGAUCAUUACAUAAGCAAUUUUUAAUGUUAUUUAUAAGAUACAUACAUAUAUACUUUGAAAGCUGCUGAAGUUGCUUAUGAUCAUAGAAGUUAAUAUUUUUAUAUUUGAUUUAUUAAAGCUUUAACUAUCACAAAAAAUGUAUUCUUUGUUCUUGCAAAAACGAUAUAUGUGUACGUCUGUAUGACAGACUUCGAGAUUUUGUAAAAGAAUGUCUUCACCUUUUUUCUAUGUAUUUUCGCACACACAUUUAUAGAUAAGCUGAAAUGAAUGUUGUAAGCCAUAUUGUGUAUUUAUAAGAGACAUUGCAAUGCAGAGCAAUAAAUUGCAUAUUAACAUUUGUUUUUCAAAAAAUUUAUUAAUGCUAUAUGUAAAGAAUGUGGAGCCAGUACUUCUGGUAGCUUAUGCCCUACCGUCGAAAAUUUGACAAAGAGUUUUGAUACUUGAUUUACUUAUGUGGUUUGUUUAAAAUAAAAAUCAAAAUUAUUAUUUAGCUCAGAUUUA